GUUCUUUUUAAGCAGUGUUGGGGUUAAAAUUUUAAUACAAUGUCGACUGUUAUGGUAGGACCCGUUGCUAUGAUUCAGACCAUCAUUUUGUGUUCAAGAUCAGUUGAACGCCUUAAACAGUUUAUGGCGACUAUAUCUUUCAAAAAAGAAAAUAAAGAGGGAGAUGGAGACAAAGUGGAAAAAGAAUCCACACCAACUCAAGGAUGCGGAUGCUGUAAACGUUGCAAGGUGAACCAGCCUGGAAUAACACCAGUCAGACCUUUCCUUGAAUGUGAUAAACAUAGACCCUAUUUAUGUGCAUACUGUUGUUUGGACUGCAACGUUCCUAUUUGUCUGAAGUGCACAAAGCAACAGCACAACAAACAUACAAUAGGAGAUAUUUUUGAACUGGACGAAAAUGCAUCCUCUGGAGCCGGUAAUCAAGGAAAAGGUCCUUAUUUUUACCCAAAGGCUACAGUUGUUGGAUCCAGAGCCCACAAUUGCUAUGAAGUUAUAAGACGUCAAGCAAACAAGCAAGCGGAGAUUCUACAUAACAUUGUUACCGAUGUGUUACAAGAAGCUUUGAAUUCUGUUGAUGAAAUGGAACUUCGAGACGCGGAUAUUUUGGAGAAGUACGAGAAUGAACUGAAUAGUCGAGAUGCAAAGAUCGACGGUAACAAAGAUGCAGAAGUACUGUUUCAAAGAGAUGAAGAAGUUUCAUCUGACAAAAAUAUUUUAUCUGGAAAAAUAAACUUCAGGGCACCGAGAUUUCUCAAAGGCAUGCCAAGUACUAAGGAAAUAAACGCCCAAUUUGGUAUUAUCAAGACAUCGGUGAUUGACAGGAGAACAUCAAAAGACAGAGAAUUGCUGUCCAAACCAAAACCAUUAUUUGAAAUAGAUUCUCAAUCAAAAUACACCUUAUACGUUCGAUAUUUCCAUUCAAAUAAAAUUCUUCAAAGCGGAACAGGGCUUGAAUUAUACGUACUAAAUGAAAAAGGCGAGUGUUUGGAAACUAUUCAAACAGUGAGUGGGAUAGAUAUGCCAUCAGGGCUGACAGUACUGGAAGAUGGGACCAUAUUGUAUACGGACUAUCGCUGCAAACGUGUAAGGAGGAUCAAGUCUGAUCGAAAAAUAGAAGAAUUCGCGACAACGGAAGGUAAACCAAACGGCAUCUGUGGAACUCGAAGUGGUGAAAUCAUUGUUUGUCUUCAGGACUGUCACGACGUACAGGCAAAGGUUGUGUGGUUUGAUCAUUUCGGGAAUUUGUUACGAGAGUACACACAUGUUUAUUUGAGUGGUCCUACUUCAGUGUAUGAAAACAUCAACUAUGACAUAUGUAUCACAGACGAAAAUAUGAGGAAUAUUAUGGUGAUUGACAAAGAUUUAGACAUCCGUUUUGUGUACGACGGUAACAUAUCAACGGGUGAUGUGUCUAAAUUUACCCCACGUGACAUUUGCUGUGACAGUAUUGGUCAUAUUCUGGUUGCAGACUUCACCAAUCGUGUAAUACAUUUACUGGACAAAGAUGGUCACUUUAUUUGUUAUAUUCUGACUAAAGAGGACAACCUGUCUUAUCCACACGGACUGUGCGUGGACAAAGAAGAUAGAUUAUGGGUAGCUGAACGAUUCUCCAAGAAGAUUAAAGUUUUUCAGUACUUAUCUUAGAUAAAACUCAUGUAGUUAAACUUUGAAGAUUCGUUCAUGAAAUUUGGAAAGAUAUUAAAAAAACAACUUCACUCUUAAUUUCACUCUGUUCGUAUCACGAAAACUAACGUUAUUUUUUUUCUUCUUUAAAUGCAAUUUUGAGUGUCUUGUCUUACAGAAACCCAUUCAUUCAUAUUACAUGUAUGUUAAGCAACAGACGCUUUCUACGAUCUCUAAUUACCAACCAAAGUGAGUGUUCUACCAUGGUCUAUGUAAAGUUAACUCAUUGGAUUGGCACUACAUACUAGCUUCAUUAUAUUUUUAUUUAAUAGCAGAUGUCUUGAUCCGUUCAACAAAUGAGUUUUUGCCCGAUCUGUUUAGUUAUUAUCGCCAUAAAUUAAACAAUAAUGCAUGUACAUGUUAAACCUGAGUUGUGUUGUAAAGAUUCAAUCUGAUAAUUACAGCUUUUAAUUGUUCGAGGGCUUAUACAGUAUUGAACUAGUACAGUGUUGGCUCUUUUGGGUAUUCCUACAUAGCAACAUGAGGAGAGAUUCAAAAAAAGGGGUAAAUAUAUUGAUGACAAUUGGUAGAGGAUGAAACGUACAUUUGAAUACUUUAAUCCUUAAUUUACUUCACAUGCAUUAAUAAAACGUU